GACUUAUUAUUUGAGCUUAACGAGUUGGUUGCUCGUUGUUAACUCAAGUGUACAAAUAAGCUUGGUCUUUCUAUUAUUUUAAAUACACUGCUUAUCUAUCUCAUAUUUGAUCAUUUGCCUCUGUUUCUAUAUUUCUGCAUCCUAGUCGUAUCCAAAUAUCUAAUCAUGAAGAGAAUUGGUCUUGUUCAUAUGAUCGGUUUUAAAAUUUGUUCGCUGUGUGCUAGAAUGCAGCUUUACCCAAUCUGUAAACCUAAAUACUCGUAUACAAACUUUAUCAUAUGUGUUGCCCAAACAAUGAUUCAAGAAGGAGGUGAAUUGGGUCUUUUGGUAAACUAUAGGAAAUUUUCCAAUUAAGAAAUUUGUGCUCAAAUAUAAACCGAUUAAAAGAUUUGUGUAAAGAUUGAAAAAUAGAUACACAAUAAUACAGUUAUAUAAGGACAAAGUAAAUACUUGGUAGAUUUUUUGAUUAAUUUGUUAAAACACAAUAACUUAGCAAAUAUGUAAGCUAGUUGAAAUUACUUUCAUCAAUCACCAAAAAAAUUUAGCUAAUGGAAAGGCAAUGCCAGUGCAAUAUCAAAAAGUACAAACUAAAGACAAUGUAGAUUCUUCAUUUUAUCGAAUGCUAGCGUGCAACAAGAUUUUAGCAAAUUAAAAUGUAAAUAUAAGCACUAUUACUCCAAGCACAAUAUACUCAAUUUCGCAAAACAAAUCUACUCAAUCCAAGCAUACAUCCCAUCCUCCCUUUUACCGUACAUAAUAAUAAGAAAUCUCAUGACAUCUUCAUAGAAUUUACAAGUAAUGAGAGAUUUAUCAAAUAAUCAAACACUUGCGUGCAAGUGAAGGUAAAUAAGCUAAAUCUAGCAAAUGACUAUUCAAGUGUAAGUGCGAUAUUAAAAAAUAAGGAGAGAUAAGGGUAGAGAGAUGCAAAGACAAAGACCACCAAUUCUUUACAUGUUCGGCACCACCACCUACGUCCAUGCCCCAAGAGUACCUCUUGAGGAUUUUCAAAAUCCACUAUCUUACUUCUCCUUCGCUAGUGGAGAGAAAACCCUUACAUGCUCCUUAUUCUGGGUCAAGAGCAAACACUCUCUUUUGCCGGCUAAGAGAAAACCAUCUCUUUUGUGGGCUAAGAGACUCUCUUUCACGGGUGGAGGGCAAACCUUUACAACUCUCUUUCAUGGAUAGAGAGCAACCUUUACAAUGAUCUCAAAAGAUAGAUGAGAGAUGAAGUUCAACAAGAGAAUUCCCUCAAUGGAUAGAUAUAUCAAUACAAGCUCAAAAUCUAGGGUUACAGAUGAUAGAUUCAAGAGAAAGCUCAACUCUAGGUUUUCAAGAUGAACCACAAUGAAUGAUUUGCCAGAUUAGGCUCAAUGGUGGUUCCUAGGAUAUUCAAAUCUAAACUCAUUGAUAGAUCUUACCUACAACGGAUGUUCUACCAACAAAUGAUUUACAAAUCUAAGCUUCAUAGUAGAUCUUGCGUACAAGAGAGAUUCAAAUUUAUGCACAAUGAUGGGUCUCUCUAUUGCUCUCGUGCACUCCCAAAAUGUCAAAGAAAUUGGGUAUUUAUAACCCUUUAAGAUUUAUGACCAUUGAAGAACUUUAGAACAUGUUUGGUAACACUUAAAUCUGACUUUUAAAUCAUCCUCGAACAUGUAGACAUCUAGUAUAUCCAUAUAGACAUCUAGUAUACCCAUAUUAUUAUUAUUAUGUUUAGCUGGACAAAAAACACUACUCACAAACACUUUGUUCCAUGAAGAUUUGAACCGGUGUGGACAUAUUUUCUGCCCGAAAGAGAAAAGUCCCACAAUUGUGACUCUCUAUUAUUCCUUGCAAUGCCAAAUUUUAGGAGAGAAGAAACAUUCCAAUUAAUCUAAAUUCACUCUUUUCUCUCUCUCUCUCUCUCUUCAAUUAUUUAUUUUGGACUAGGAAGAAUUAAGAACCCGUUCAAAUAUUGAAACAAAAUUAUUUGACUAACAAAAGUCAAAACCGAGUAAAGACUUCUACCAUAUUAUCUCACCAACCUAUAAUAGUGUUUGACCAAGGCAUAUCAAAAUGUAGUCACAUUCUUAUUGUAAUCUCUCUACAGUUUGUUUUUUUGUGAAGAAACUUUAAGAAUACAAACUUUGUUUGUUUGUGAAGAAUCCUUUAGAAUACAAACUUCCUAGGGACAUUUUAAAGGUAUUUGGCCAAAGAUCAGGCAACAAGAAGGACUCAUUGGCUCAUUGCUCUGCUUCUCACCAUAUUCACCUGCUUGUUAGCUGAGAUAUCCACAAACGACUCCAUGUCUUCACCAGAGAAAACAUUCAUUGUUGCAAUAGUAAUUGGCAUAGCAGGGCUUUUGAUAGUACUGGCAGUAAUAGGCCUUGUCGCUUUAUAUUGUUGGAAGAAAAGAGAACCAAUUAUAAGAGAAAUGCAACCAAUCAUAGGUGAAGUGCAGCAAGCAUUCAAUCGGCCAUCACUGAAUGGUGUUCCAAUUUGGGAGGUUGAUGCACCUUCAAUGGCGAAGUUCUUCCAAGACCUGGCAAAUGAGAAAGCGAUUAGAUUUCAUGAACAGGAACUACUUAGAUUCACAAGUAAUUACUCGACAAGGUUGGGUUCUGGAGGUUUUGGGGUAGUUUACAAAGGACAGUUUCCAAAUGGAGUGCAUAUCGCGGUAAAGGUCCUCAAAAGGAGCUCAGAAAGAAGUGCUGAAGAGCAAUUCAUGUCAGAAGUUGGCACAAUAGGAAGAACCAACCAUAUAAAUCUAGUCAGACUAUAUGGAUUUUGUUAUAAUCCCUCUAUAAGUGCGUUAGUGUUUGAGUACAUGGAAAAUGGAUCUCUUGACAAGUACCUGUUCCGUGAUACAGAAGCAAUUGAGUGGGAAAAGCUACAUGAAAUUGCAGUUGGUACGGCCAAAGGUAUUGCUUAUCUGCAUGAAGAAUGCAAGCAAAGAAUCAUUCACUAUGACAUCAAGCCCGGUAAUGUUUUACUUGAUGCAGAAUUCUUCCCAAAGGUUGCAGAUUUCGGGCUAGCAAAGCUGUGUAAUAGAGAUGGCACCCACACAAGUGUGACCGGAUAUAGGGGGACUCCUGGUUACUCCGCACCAGAGCUUAUUCUGAAGAAUUUUCCAGUAACUUGUACAUGUGAUGUUUACAGUUAUGGAAUGCUGUUGUUUGAGAUAGUUGGGAGGAGGAAGAAUGUCAUAGGCAGUCCUACUGAGAGCCUAGAUUGGUUCCCGAAACAUGUUUGGGAUCAGUAUGAGAAGGGUGAGUUGGCAACGAUGACCAUAUCGUGUGGGAUUGAAGAGAAGGAUAGAGAGAAGGCAGAGAGAAUGUCCACGAUAGCUUUGUGGUGUGUUCAAGACUCACCAGAGACUAGGCCACCGAUGAGUGCCGUGGUGAGGAUGUUGGAGGCAGGAGUGAACAUUGCUCCGCCUCCUAGACCAUUCCUCUAUCUGUAUUCAGUAGGCAUGAAUGUGCUCAAACCAUUCAGCAGUACUGACAAUAGUUCAAACGAUGCACGAAGGGAUGGAUCUAAUUCGUACUGGUACAAGGACUCCACCACACUAAUGACCAAGUCCGAGAUACAAAUUGUCAGCUCUUCCUCAUAAAAGUGAACAUUGAUUCUACCCCAAAAAUACAGGAUUGAAUUUGUAUGUGUGUUAUAUUUUAUUUUAUCUGUUUUGGUUAAAAUUUUGGAAGAUGUGAUACUGUUAUCAUAACCUUUUAGUAGUAAAUAUUAGCUACAGUAUUUGAUUU